UUUAUUUAGGUUGAAAAUCAAAGAAAAGUUAUAUGUAUAUGUCUUCCUUGUUCCUUGUAGAAUUUACUAGAGGAAGAGGGAAAUUUGAGAGAAUCGAAAGAUGGAUGACACUUCACCGCCACCGGCAACUGGAAAUAGCUCCACCAGCCUAACAGACCUCGACAUGGACGCAUUGGUUCACUGUGCAAGUCACUUGAAUCUCCAAGACGUAUCGAACAUGGCCAUGUCCAGUAAAUAUCUUCAAAAAGCAGCGUAUUCUGACCCAAUCUGGCAAUCCCUUUUCAGACAGCAGUGGUCUCCACUAGUACCUACUGGCUUUCCUCACACAUCAACUGAUAGGGAAGCAUACCUUUCUAGGCGUACUGAUGUGCUGCAAUUCAAGUUCAUUGACCCUACCGUUGUAAACUUUCCUAUCACCGCAAAACCUCAUGAAAAUCUGUGUCUUGACAAAGACAAUAUCAUAUUUUCUGAGGGAUCUUCAGUUUAUGUAUUGAACAUUAACGAUUUUCAGCAUGGAAAAGAUUCAUAUGACACACUCAGGGGUCACACCGCCAAAAUUACUUCUCUGAGGUCAAUUCCAUUUGAAGAGACAUGCUUGUAUAGUAGCAAGAUGCAGAAAAGUGAUAAUCUUUUUGUAACCUCAAGCUUGGACCAUUCAAUUCGGCUAUGGUGGAAGGGGCGUUGUCAAAGAAGCUUCAGAAUCUGUAAUGUUUCAGUUUCCGCAAUUUCAGACAAAUUGUUGGGUGAUCAUCCGAGUAAAAUACUUGCAAGCGGUGGUUCAGAUGGAAUUGUUCGAUUAUGGUCCCUUGAUUGUAGUGGAAAGCGCAGCCAACAUGAUUUAAAGGCUGUUCUUUACGGGCAUGAUAAACCUGCAGUGCUGAUGUCAGUUGCGGGGCACAAGACAUCUCUUCUAGUGAGCAUAUCAAGGAACUCCAUGGUGAUAGUUUGGGAUACUGCUACUUCAUCCGCCAAUCGUUCUUCAUGUUGUGUGGGAAAGAGCACUGUGCCUGGUGCACCUAAGGCAAUGAAGUGUCAUGAAUCACUGAUCUAUAUUGCAGCUGGUUCCUCUGUUGUUGCAAUUGAUAUAAGAACAAUGCGUCAAGUCUUCAAAGUGAACCAUCAAGAAGAAGUACAUUCAUUUCAAAUGUUGCCAGAGAAAUCAUUGAUCUGCACAGGGUUAGCUCAAAGAGCAAUGCUUUGGGAUGUUAGAAGAGGGUGUGACAUACAGAAGGGAGAAGCGGUAGCUGAAUUAGAUGGACAUAGAGGCAAUGUAAAUCUCUUGCACAUGGAUCCCUACAAGAUUGUUAGUGGUGGGCUGAAGGAUUUCCAGGUACAUGUUUGGGAGACGGGGAACGGUAGACAAUUAAGUUCAUUGAAUUGCUGCCCUCUAUCUGAUUAUCAUCGAGGCUUUCGGUGUUCUGCAAUGGCUGUCAAUGGAAGUCGUAUACUAACAGCUUGUAAUGACGGAGACGAUAGUGACUUGUGUUUCCGGGACUUCAACAACGCCACGGUUCCUAUCUAUUCCGAUUCAAGCAUUCUCCAAUCAAAGUUUUGGGCUCCUAAAUCACAGAGAGAUACUGAAGAAUAAUCAGAUAAUGAUUCAACCUAGCUCUUCCCCGACUCUAAAAUCUUGUUAUUGAGGUUACUUUUUUAUUUCUUCUUCUUACUCAAUGUUAAAUGAUACUACAUUUUAAAAAAUGAUUUCAGAAUUGAUUGAUGGUCUAUGUAUAUAGACUUAGGAAAAUUUUCUCCUC